UCGCGAUGCUGGUGGACAUCGGCCAGUGGUCCAGGCCCUUGAGCCUGCAGGAAGUGGAAGAGCGGCCGCAGCACCCGCUGCAGGUCAAGUACACCGGGGUGGAAGUUGACGAGCUGGGCAAAGUGCUGACACCCACCCAGGUUAAGAACCGGCCCACCAGUAUUGCAUGGGAUGGCCUUAAUGCAAGUAAACUCUAUACCUUGGUCUUGACAGACCCGGAUGCUCCGAGCCGAAAGGACCCCAAAUAUAGGGAAUGGCACCACUUCCUGGUGGUCAACAUGAAGGGCAAUGACAUCGGCAGUGGUACAGUUCUCUCCGACUAUGUGGGCUCUGGGCCUCCUAAGGGCACAGGCCUCCACCGCUACGUCUGGCUGGUUUACGAGCAGGACCCGCCGCUGAAGUGUGAAGAGCCUGUUCUCAGCAACCGGUCUGGAGACCACUGUGGCAUAAUAGGUUGA